AUGGGAGCCUCCUUGUCUACACCUGCUGCUCCUACAGUCAGGGCAGAGGCCAUGAUGGCCGCUCCUCCUCAGGGCUGCCCCAUGCACCAAGAAGCCCCGCCUGUCAAAGUGUCUCCACCCUCAGAGUGUCCCAUGCAUCAAGCUGCGCCUGUAAAAGCGUCUCCCCCGUCGGAGUGUCCAAUGCACCGAGCAGAUCCAGGUCCAGCUCACCAGGACCGGGCCUACGAGUUUGUGGAGUGUCCCAUGAAAGCUGCAGAAGGAAUGAAGAGUGACAUUGACCCAGCCAAUAUGAUGCCUCCUCCCAACCAACAGCCAGCUCCAGACCAGCCCUUCGAUCUCUCCGUGUCCAGACAGGAGUCCAAUAUUCCCCGUCACAACACAGAGAAGAACUGGGUUUACCCAUCUGAGCAGAUGUUCUGGAACGCCAUGCUCCGAAAAGGGUGGCGUUGGCGUGAAGAUGACCUCGGUGCUCAAGAUAUGACCAACAUCAUUAAAAUCCACAACCAGAAUAACGAGCAGGCCUGGCAGGAGAUCCUGAAAUGGGAGGCCCUGCACGCAGGUGAAUGUCCAUGUGGGCCGACCUUGAAGAGGUUUGGUGGGAAAGCCAAAGAGUUCUCCCCCAGGGCUCGCUUCCGCCACUGGAUGGGCUACGAGCUGCCUUUCGACCGCCACGACUGGAUCAUUGACCGCUGUGGGAAGGAGGUGCGCUACGUCAUUGACUACUAUGACGGUGAAAUCAACACGGAGAACUACCAGUUCUCCAUCCUGGAUGUACGUCCCGCCUUUGACUCUUUAGAUGCCGUCUGGGACCGUAUGAAGGUGGCCUGGUGGCGCUGGACCUCUUAAACGACCCACACACAUGCACCCACAUAAAGAUGACCGUGUGAAUUCAAACACAGACAUGGACUAUGAAACUGGCGUUCCACAUUUCAGCUCUCGACAAGAUGUGUGGUGCUGUGAACAGGAACUGUAAACAAGACUCAUGAAGAAUCAGAAACGGACUUAGACUACGUUUGUUUUAGCGCAGCCUCACUCACUCAGACUGCAUGACGCUUCAUCUGCUAAUCAUAUUGAUUUCAGUGGAAAACUUUUGGGUUUGCAGGUCAGCAAGUGCAUCUAAAGCUUGUGGAAGUGUUUGUCAGACAGGUCACAUGUGGCUCACACUGCCUCUGGUCAUACAUCUGUUCAGCUGCCUUCACUCUGCUCUCGCUUCAGAUCUAACUGCAGGAACAGCCUGUUCUCUUUAACUUACACUCCACCAGAUUUACACAUGAAGUUUGUUGUGAGGAACACUACUCAGCUCGUCCUCUGUGGCCAUGGUGAGAAAAUAACCCUGAUGAUGUCGCAGUGAUGUCAUCAGUUAUCUCCGCUUUGGCCUGGAGACAGCACAGUACAAACUGGAGGUGUGGAGGUUAAAGUAAAUGGGGAUUUAACAGGCACCACAGGGGGUUAAAUACAAGUAGGAAAGCUGCUGCUGUGCUGCAUUAUGGGAAAUGUAGGAUCUAGCGUUUCACUUAGGGUCUUAAAGUCAGCGUACCUCAGCCUCUGGUACUUUAAUUUGGACCAUCUUGUUUUUAACGUCCCUGGAGUCCUGCUUUGCAUCUCUGGAAACUGAACUGCAGGAGUCGCCCUUUAAGUUGAAUGUACCGAGUUUAAAGUUUUAACCCGCUGAGGCGCAUGAUCGAUGUUUGUGCAAACUGUUGUUGCUUUUAAUUAGAUUUCUCUCAGACGGCAGCUUUGAAUCAGUGAAUCAUUCUUUGGAAGCAAACGUUUACUGUAAUUUUAAAAAUCCACAGAUGUGCAAUACCAGAGUUGUGAUUACAGCAUAGUUUAAGAUUUCAAUAGCUCACAUUCUGAUUAUUGCAUAAACUAUAUUCUCAUUUCAUCUAAAGUCUAAUUUUUGUCAACAUGUUGCCUUUGUGUGAUAAAUGAGGACGAGACGGAAAGCAGGGAGAGGUACGAUGAAAUCUAACGGGAUGUUGUGGUUAAAUGAUGUGCAUCUUGAGCACUUGUCGGCCGUGUUUUUCUUUUCUGGAUCUCCCAUGUGAGGCCCCGAUCAGACAGAAAGCGUUUCAGCAGCUAGAGGCGGCUUUUUGUAAUCGGUGUUAAUGAGAAUGAAGCUUUUAAGUUUUUAAGUUGCAGCACACCUCACGUUUCCACAGUCUAGGCGCCUGGUGUUUUUGCCGGAGCACUCUGAGAUCCUCAAGUUGAUUAAAACUUCAACUCAGAGCGGAAAAGCGCCCCACGUCAUCUCAUUUUCGGGCCUUCUGUGGUGGUCAUAACAAGUUUACAGUUGGUAAACAAUAGAGGAGAAACUGGUGGUAGUGGUUGCUGGAU